CUUUCCCUUCCCCGUCCACCUUCUCUCAACCCACUCCUCUUAUCGUCCAAAUACCCCGUCCGUGGUAGUGUGGCGAUAAACCCGGUCUCUUGUAUUCUGUAGACCAAACCUCCACGGGACGUUAAUUCGCUAGGGUUCUGUUCAAGAUGGCCGCACCAGGAGGAAUGCCCCCUCUCCCAGCCUCGCUGGAUCUCCCACCGCACUUGAGCGCUCACAAGUAUUUCCUUGUCUGCACUCUCACCGUCGCCGCUUGGGACACCCUCGUCCUCUCCCCCAGGACGUGGCGUCUCUUCAGGUCCCCAGGAUGGCCCGCCUUGAAAAUCCUCUUCCACUUCCUGAGGCUUUUCAUGCCCAUAGAGUUCAUCAUCGUCGCGGUCGCCUUCUUCGACACGACGUGGACGCAGGAGAUGUGUCAAAAGUUCUACCUCUUCGAACCCAUCUGCACCGCUUUCCUUUUGGCCGCCGCCUCCGCCGUUCAUGUUAUCCGUAUCAACGCCAUUUACGACAAGAACAAGGGUAUCCUGGGUGUCAUGUCCCUCCUCUUCGCCAUCCAGGUCGUCGUGACAGCCAUUUGCUGUGGUUUCUACCGAUCUGUUCCUCUUCUUGAGGGUCAGGGUUGCAUUGCUGGUCCCAAGGCCAACUGGGUCGGCAUCUACUGGCUCGCCCCCACUCUCUUGUACACCGCCUCUUUCGCCCUGGCCUUGAAGCGCUCCAUCGACUCCCUCCAGGCCCGGCCCCUUUCCCUCUGGAAGCUCAUGUUGCGAGAUGGAUUGAACCUCUACGGUGCGAUCUGGAUCGUCAACAUGGCCAACAUGCUCUUCUGGUUCAUCAUGAAGCCCACCGACGACGCCGACCCCGUCAAGACCAUUGUCACCAGCAUGGCUGCCGUUCUUACCACUUCCAUGACUCUCCGCAUCAUUCUCUCCAUCCGCUCUUCUCUCGACUAUGGAGGAUCCUUUGCUCUCUCCAACUCGAACCACGGCACCUCUUCCCGCGGCAACGUCACCAACCCCCACAUCCACGGUCUCUCUGGUCUCUCGCACGUUUCUGGAAACCCCGGUCUUCGCAGCGGUGCCGCCCACAUCACGACUAACCCCCACACCUACACUCUGGAUGAGAUGCGAGGCAAGCCCGAGGGUGGUUGGGACGGUGCUGACGACCUUGACAAGAGCAGUGUCGGUGCUGAGAGCAAGGGUCGUGUCGGCAAUGACGAUCUCGUCGCCGACGAGGGUGUCAAGAUUACUAUCAACCGAGAAGUUAUUGAGGAGGGUUAUGGAAGGGCCAAGUAAAGGAAUAAUGAGCGUGCGUUGAGGGAGAUCCGGAAGGGGAUUAGCGUGUUUGGAUGU